UCUUCACGAUCCCACUCAGCUCAGCUGUCAUUCUUAUUUGCAAACAAAGAUCCCGUGCUCGGAUGUUUGCAGCUCCACCGCCCGUCCACCCAGUUUGUCACUUGAAUAGUGCCGUCAUCGGUUAAAAUGGGAGAAAACGGCGACACCGAGAUCAUAGAGCAUCAUGUUGACGAGGAGAUGGAGAAAAAGAGGAUAUUAAGAAGCCAUGGCUCUUCGUUCAUGGAGAGUGUUACACCGUCGGAGAGGGAUGGACACAGUAGUACGCAGUCCUCCCACAGGCUACUGGCGUACAGUGAUGCGCUCAUCUCAAUCAUAGCCACUGUUAUGAUAUUACCUGUUGCACAUACAAAGGUCCAAGAUAACGAGGAAUUGAAGGAGAGUCUGCAGGUUCUGCUCACCACCAAGAUAGCUGUGUACCUGAUGACCUUCCUCAUAGUGACCGUAGCAUGGGCUGCUCAUAUCAGGUUAUUUCAAGUCAUUGAACGUAUUGAUGACUGCCUUGCACUUCUCAACCUAGCUUGUAUGAUGCUUAUCACCUUUCUACCGUACACAUUCUCCCUCAUGGCGACGUUUCCUGAGAACAUCUUGGGAAUCCUCCUGUUCUGUGCCUGCGUCAUGGUGUUAGGCUUCAUUCAGGCUGUUAUAGUGGUGUACGGCUUCAGCCGCCCAUUCCUGCUCAACGACCAGAUCCAGGUGUCGGAGAACCAGGUGUUCUAUAAACAUCACAUCCUGAAGGUCAUCAUGAGGGUCCCCAUCAUGUGCUUCUUCGCUAGUAUCUUCUCAUUCAUCUUCUUUCAGAUAUCCUAUGUGAUCCUAGCCAUCGUAAUCUUCCUGCCUUACAUCUCCCAGUCUCUAAAAUGGUGCCGCAGCAAAGCUAUCGGCCAGGUGGAGGAGACGCCAGAUUCCAUGAUGUUUUAUACGUACCAUCCAAACGAACCCCUCAGCAAGGAGAGGGUGGAGGCCUUCAGCGAUGGCGUGUUCGCUAUCGUAGCUACUCUACUCAUCUUAGAUAUAUGUGAGGACAAUGUACCCGACCCAGUGAUGGUCCAGAAACAGUAUGGUGGGAGUCUGGUGGCGGCCCUGCAGAACUAUGGUCCAGAGUACCUGGCCUAUUUUGGCUCCUUCGCUACCGUGGCUCUCCUCUGGUUCGUCCAUCACUCUCUCUUCCUUCACGUCACCAGGACCACUCGUUUCAUGGGCCUCCUCAACACCUUCUCUCUGGCCUUCGUAGGGGGCCUGCCCUUGGCCUACCAGCUGACCCACGAGUUCCCCCGUAACUCCCGCAACGAGCUGGAGGCCAUCCAGAUCAGCUGCGUCAUCAUCUUCUUUGCCGGCGUCUUCCAGCUCGCCAUCUGGGUGGCGGCGUUGUUCAGCGAACGCGAGACGCUACACCCUUAUGUGCGUUACGGCGGCCGCGAGCACGCCUUCAUGUUGGCCAAGCUGGCGCUGUACCCGUGCGUGGCCCUGGGGACCUUCUUCCUCACCUGUAUUCUCAGUAAGUUCAGCGCGUCUAUUUUCCACCUGAUGGAGAUUACGGUGCCGUUUGCUUUCCUGUUGCUGAGGCUGCUGGUCCGAGGCGGGCUGGCGCUGCUGCGCCUCAUAUUCUGCCCCGAUGGGCCGGAGACGAGGAGUGCUCUGGAGGAAGAGGAGGAAGAGGAGGCUAGGAUGCCCUUCAAUACCAUGAUCACUUAGUGGUUGUCAUCUAGCUAGAUGGUCAGUUUGCUCUGGGUCUGUAUUCACAAAUGUUGCAUAGUAGGAGUGCUGAUCUAGGCUCAGUUUUGACAUUUAUAUCAUAAUGUGUAUAUAAUGAAUAAGAUUAUAUGGACGAGUGGGUAGCUGAUCCUAGAUCAGCUUUGUGAAUACAGGCUCUGGACUGGGGACGUGGUCUGUCGGACAGAUGUACAGUAGCUACAGCUCGUCUUGACCUCUGAGGUUGAUUCCAUUUGAACUGCACAUUCAGUUUGUAUUGAUGAGUAAUUUUCUUUUCAAAUUGGUUUACGUAAGUCAAGUUUAAAUGUCAAGUGAAAUGGAAUGGAAUUGGUCCCACGGUAAGCUGGUAGUUAAGGGAAAUGGCACUGAGCCAGAGAAGUGGAGAGUACAACCAAUGUAAUUGACAGCCCUCCAUUUUUAUCUGACUUCUUGAAUAAUGGUUUAUUGUUUACCGUUGAGAAUCUAGUCUGUUUGUGCCAACAUUAUAUUCCAAACAUGUUUGGCCUGACAAGGCACAGGGGUCGUGUUAAGAGUUCAGAAAUCUGCAUUUUAAACCAUUUCACCUGCGUUUUUAAUAUUGAAAGUCAAGUUUCUGUUGUUGUUUGCUUCAAUAGAGUGAUCAGGGGCGUGCAGAUAUAGUUUUCCUUCACAGGAAAUACAUUAGUGCAACACAUUCACAAAACAGCUUCAUUUUCAUCAGAUGACAACAGAAGUGCAAACGCUAUUUGGCUAGCAGUCACUCAAGUAAAUGAGCUUACAAUGAAAAAGCAAGGUAUUUGUUUUUGCUAAAACGAUGCAUGGCCAUCAGAUUUCAGUUUAUCACGGAAAGAAUGUAGCCAGCUCCUAAUGUUUUUCUUAAAGUUAAUCAUUGUACCGGAGAAAAGUACGCUACACAGUCAGAGCGCUGUCUUCUGAUAAAAUGCCCGCUGGUGAAUUCUCAUCCAAGUGGAGAAGUGCAACUGAAGGACAAAAUUAGUCUGAUUCUCGAGCAGAAAUUACAAUAAGAAGCAUUUUAGAACUGCGUUUCCAAAACGCAACAAGAUAUUUCUCAUUAAAAAGUAUAUAUAUAUAUAUAUAUAUAUAUAUAUAUAUAUAUAUAUAUAUUUUAAAGUCAGUUUAGAACAAAUUCUUAUUUACUCAUGCGUUUUAAAAUAUAUUUUUUUUGGGGGGGGGGGGCCGUGGUGAACAACGCAGAAUUCUGCAUUAACGUGACCCCUGAGGCAAAGGAGUGAAAUGUUACCACAGACUGAAUUUCAGGCUAGUUAAUUUUGGGGUUUCAUUCAUUCUGAAUAUUCAUGUCCACUUCCCAACAUGCAGAUAAACAUGGAAGUCCUCAUGUGCACUGCCCGUCCAACAUUCACUCACUGCUCAUAUUGACCGAGUAUAAAUUCUACAAAUAGUUUUUUUCCCCUUCCUAUAACAUGAAACAGUGAGUGAACAGCAUGAAUCUGACCAACAGGGUAACUUCACUUUUUUCAGUUCAGAAUACUGUAACGACCCUGGGUUUAUAAGCGCGGAAAUCGACUCUGCCGUUUGAGCAUGCUUUUGCGGCACAGUCGAUAGCGCGCCGGACUUCGGGCUAGAAGGUCGAGGGUUCGAGACCCGCUCCCUGCCUGUUUCAUUACACUGUAACGACCCUGGGUUUAUAAUACUAUAAUAACCGUCCACAGGAAUGUACUCACAAUGUGUUGUUGGGUCAGCUCAUAAUAUUGCAAAUCCCUAUGCUGGGCAUACACUACAAUACUUCUAAAAUCUUAACUUGGAAUUGCUCACAUUUCCCGAUUGAUUUUUUCUUUUUUUUCCUCCCUCGUCACAAAUCUUUUAAUUCCGUCCAUGUUCAGCCCCAGGACGUGGGUGCUCACAUUACACCGUGAUUCCCUACUUGAUCCCGCCCAGUGUUUUCUCCGUUGUCAUAGAAAUAAAAUGUCAUAACACAAACAGCUGUUUUAUUGGAGUGCAGAAACCGAUGGAGGCGCAGAAUAAGGACUAUAUUAAAUAAUGACAUGAAGUUGGUAGGAACGCAGAUGUAAUAUUGGUGGAGUUCGGAGAUUUCACGUUAAGGACCAAUGGAAUAAAAAUGAAACGCUGGUCAUCUAGGGGCAUCGGGCCAUGUAACACCAACUCACCCAUUUGAAAAGGCAGCUGUGUUCUCUCCACAGCUCCACCAAUCAGGCUCCCAUCACCUCGGUCCACACCGGGCGUGUUGUUGCGUCCCUCUUUAGGUCUCACAUGCGGCGUUCUCAUUGGCAUCAGACCCCUUGCCCAAUCGCGUCGUACAGCACUGCUCAUACGACAAGAUGCACGACCAACAUUUUAAGACAUGUCAGAAAAUGUAAAAUCGGGAUAGCCGACAAAGGUCUGGGGAACGGAAGAGCCGACAUCCGUUGUGUCCUUGACCUCUCAAACGACGAGAAUCCCGGCGUACUGAUGAUCCUAACCCAAGUUCAUAGGAAAUGUGUAGCGUAUGCCUGGCAUUAGCUGAAAAAGGUCCCAUUUUGUUAUGAUUUAGUAGCAUUCGUUCUGAUCAGGCUAGGUUACAUUUGUAAAUGAAGUAAAAAAAAAAAAAAAAAAAAAAA